CUUCGAAAUCUCACCAUCUCUGCCCCAAGAUAGAUAAAUGGCUGGCCUUGUGGGUAAAACUCUUGCUUACACCUGAAUACGUCCAAAUUCAGACCCUCAAUCGACUUUAGCUUUUCUGCCUGCCUAUAUUUUGGAACAAAGUUAUUGAGUGAUGCACCAUGGAAGACUGUCUCCAUACAUCUUCCGAAAACCUUUCCAAGCUGGUCAGUUGGGCCCACAGUCAUGGUACCAUUUGCAGCCUCAUUCCAAAUUUAAAACACCUACUUUCAGAGGGUUCCCAUGGCAACCUGACAGCUAUGUGGGGCUGUAGUGCAGGCCAUGCCUAUCACUGGCCGCUGACAGCUACUUGUAGGGCUGGCUCACAGGAAAGGGUUUGUUUCCAGGAUAACAGAAGUUUCAACUCUGAUAGCCCCAGCAUAAUCGGCAUGCCUUCAGACCCACAAGCCAGCCCAGUGGAACGCUAUCCGGGGAGGUCAGGAAAAGCAAAGUUGGACUGUAACAGAACCAGAGAUUCCUGCGAUUUCUCCUACUGUAGUGAACCUUCUGAAUUGGACGAAACAGUGGAGGAAUACGAAGAUGAAUCUAAUCUCUUUGACAUGGUCUGUGAGUCCUCGGUGACCGACGAAGAUAGUGAUUUUGAACCUCAUCGUCAAAGGUCUCAGAUAAAUUCCCUUAAAAGGCCCGGCCUGUCUUCUUCACUGCAUUUGGACUCUCAGUCUCAGGUCAUUGAUGGAAGCAGCAAUGAUAUUGUUUUAACCAAAAAAAUAAAGCAAGAACUCCCCGAGGAUUAUUAUAUUGUGGCUAAUGCCGAAAUCACUGGUGGCAUUGAUGGCCCUGCAUUGUCCUUGACACACAUGUCAAAACCUAAAGGUGGAACCUCCUAUCCUGUGGCAUCUAAGUUAAGUUCUCACUCCUCUCCUUCCCUCAGUGCUGACUUUGAUUUACAGAAUGUUUCAGCCUCUUCACAAGUUACAUCAAGGCCAGUGACCCAGAAACCUCCCAGACUCAAUCAGCCAUCCUCAAGCAGAAGGCCUGGUAACAUCUCGACCGCAAAUCCUCAGGUGGCCCUCCAGGUGCCUGCCAGCACUUCUAAUUCUGGCAAACCUAUCAGCAUUCCUUUAUCAGCCUUGCAGCUUCCUGGGCAAGAAGAGCUGUCGGCCUCAGAAGAUCUCCUCCAACCAGGCCCAAAUCAAAUUUCCAAUGAUGUAGCAUUGUCUCCUUCUGUUAGCACAGAGCCGGAAGUUAGCUCUAGCCAGCAGCAGCCGAGCACUGCUCCCAGCACAGUCACUGAGCCGGUGGCACAGACAAUAGCAGACCAAGAUGAGAGAGCUGCCGAACUUAGUAGAGAGCAAAAUGAGAAAACUAUUCGCAGUACCCAGACAGCUCUCCGAAACUUCAGAGAGUUUCUCAUCUCUAAGUAUCCUUCAGAAACCAGAGAGAUCUACAUUAUUCCUUGCAAAGAAUUAGAUGCUUACCUAGCAUCCUUUUUUGUUGAUGCUCGGCAGAAGGAUGGUUCAGAAUAUGAGCCAAACAGCUUGGCCAACUACCAGUGUGGGCUGGAGCGGUAUCUCAAAGAGCAUCGAUACGGAUACAGCAUCACCCGAGACAAGGAAUUCAAGAGGUCUCAAGAAGCACUGAAGCAGAAGCAGAUGGAACUGAGGUGCAAAGGCAAAGGCAACAAGCCCCACAAAUCCAUGAAGCUUACUUUUGCCGAUGAGCUGAUUCUCCGCAAAAGAGGCCUGCUAAGCCGAUAUAAUCCCGAGGGUUUGCUGAAUCUUGUCUGGCUCAACAACACAAAGGCCUUUGGCCAUUGUACUGGCUUCCAUGGGUCGACUCUCAAAUGGGGGGACAUUAGACUUCGGGUGACAGAGACCGGCUUAGAAUACUUGGAAUGGAUGGGCCAAGAUGGCAGUGACGGGAACGCCAAGAUUAAGAGGACAGGCACAGAUUCCAGAGUGUACGCAACUCAGCACGCACCGCAGACUUGCCCCGUGCAAGAUUACAAGGAAUACGCGCAAAGGCGACCCCCCGCGAUGCGGUACGAGGAUGCCCCUUUCUACUUAUCCAUUAAGCCAGUUGUUAAUCUAGCUGCGUUACACUGGUACAAUUGUCAGGCCCUAGGUAAGAACAAACUAGCCAAGAUGGUCAAGACUAUGUGUGAGAAAGGGAAUAUUCCUGGGAGGAAGACCAACUUCAGUGUGUACCAGAGCUGCAGCACCCUCUCGGAAGCCCAGAGUAACCAGCUGGUGCUUAUCUGCAACAACCUAAGCCAACAGGCUGCUCAGUCUGUAGCAAGCCAUUCUAGCACUGGCAACUUCAUAAUGUCUGCGUCUUAUGACUCUUCUUCAGAUACAACUUGAAAGGACGCUCAGCGACUCAGAGACCAUGAGGUGCUUGAAACUUUGAUGUUCGGUAACAUGCAUUGUCUGUGAUUCUACAGUUCUCAUCAGAAUCCUCUUUCUCCAGUGUCAAAUCCCGUUAUCGAAACAUUUAUAUAUACAUACAUAUCUAAAUAUAUAUUUUUCUUUUUAUGAAUAUGUGAAUAGAAAUAGCGCAGCCUAAUUUAUAUAGUAUUUCUUAAUGCUGAUGGUGAAAAAAGAGGCAUAUUUAUGGGGUGCUAAUUUAAUGGCUGAUUAUAAAACUGGAAAAAUAUUUUCAGGCCAUCCCUAAUUUUAGCAUUACCCACAUUUUAAACUUUAAGUCAGUGUGAAAUUUGAUUAACUGUCACUUCUUUCCGAAGCAAGAUGCGAAUUAUAAUGUAAGACAAUCUUGACCCAUUCUUUAUUUAAAAGCCCAUAUGACCAAAUAGAUAUGGAGAUGAUUUAAAGUUGAUAUGUUCGGUGAAGUUCUUUGAAGGCAUCACGAAUAAGGGCAAAUGUUUGGAAUUGCCUGUAUACCAUUCAGCAAAGCUUUCAUUGCUUUUGAAAAGUGCCCCAUCUUCAUUUUGAAAAGUAGAAUCAUCCUCAAAUUCUCAAGCCUUUUACAAGUGUGGUAUAAAUUUGGUAUGUGAGAGAAUGAAGGCAGGAAUAUUUUUCUACUUUGUUUAGUUCUUUUUGUAGUUCAGCUAGAUUUUUUUUUU